AUCAGUACCUCAUUCUGGCUUUUGGGUCUCCUUAAAAUAGAGAGGGAAGAAAGAAAAGAAAUAAAACAAGAGGGUCUCUAACUCUCCACCUUCGUUCCUUUCGAUCAAACUUUCUCGAGAGAAUUCAGACCAAAAAACAGAUUUCUAAAUAGCGAAAGUGGUAUACGAAACAUCAGAGUGACCAUGUCCCUGGGUUAUGCAGAGAAGCUUUCCUACAUAGAAGAUGUGGGCCAAGUCGGAAUGACUGAACAUUUCGACCCACCUCACGUUUUGCAAGAAAAAAUUGAACGGCUCGCCAUGUUGGUACAAAAGAGCAAGCAUCUAGUGGUGUUUACAGGUGCAGGAAUUUCGACUUCUUGUGGUAUACCUGAUUUUCGAGGUCCAAAGGGAAUUUGGACUCUGCAGCGUGAAGGCAAAGCAUUGCCUGAAGCAUCAUUGCCCUUUCAUCGUGCAAUGCCAAGUAUGACUCAUAUGGCUUUGGUUGAAUUGGAGAGGGCUGGAAUUUUGAAGUUUGUUAUUAGCCAGAAUGUUGAUGGCCUUCAUCUUCGAUCUGGAAUACCGAGGGAGAAACUUGCCGAGUUACAUGGGAACUCCUUUUUGGAAACCUGCCCUUCUUGUGGAGUCGAGUAUUUGAGGGAUUUUGAGGUGGAGACUAUUGGAUUGAAGGAGACUUCAAGACGGUGCUCAGAUAAAAAAUGUGGAGCACGGCUUAAGGAUACAGUUCUUGACUGGGAGGAUGCAUUGCCCUCAAAGGAGAUGAAUCUGGCUGAGAAGCACUGCAGGAUAGCUGACGUUGUUUUAUGUUUGGGGACAAGUUUGCAGAUCACUCCAGCAUGCAACCUUCCUCUAAAAUCGCUCCGUGGUGGGGGGAAGAUUGUAAUUGUCAACCUUCAGAAAACUCCGAAGGACAAGAAAGCAAAUUUAUUGAUCCAUGGGCUUGUAGAUAAGGUUAUUUCAGGUGUCAUGGACUUCCUAAAUCUUCAGAUUCCUCCAUUUGUCCGGAUAGAUUUUUUUCAGAUCAUUCUAACUCAAGCCUUGAGUUCAGAUAAAAAAAAUGUGAACUGGAACCUCCGGGUAGCAAGUGUACAUGGACAGAAAGCUCCAUUGCCAUUCAUUAAAUCUAUUGAGAUAUCCUUUUUAGAAAAUCAAGGGUAUAAGUCAGCUGUUUUACAGAAGGAACCAUUUCAACUGAAAAGGAGAACAUUACAAGCAAAGUCAUUUGAAAUGGUUAUGAAAUUCAACUUCAUAGAUAGUUGUGGUUGUCCAUCCACAGAAAUUAUUGUCCCUCUUAAUUUUAAGGUUUCAAGAGACUGCUUCGAGCUUGAUAAGGAUGCCAUAUUGCAAAAGCUCAGACACACAGCAAUUCAAGAAUCAUGCUGUGGGCAGAAUGCAGUUGUUGAGAGAAAUGCCGUGUUGACCCCAAAAACUGAUGUCAUUGUAUAUGCCAUUGUAACCAAUGUUAUCCGGUAUAAGAAGACCACUGAAGCCUUGGAAGCUGAUUCUCUAAGUAAUGGUGUUAAAAGGCGAAGGGAAAGCGCAAAUGGUACUGAAACAUCUAGGAAGCGAUCCGAAGUGCACAGGCGCAAACCUAGGUUUUAGAAAAUGAAUGGUCCGUGUUAAAAGGCGAAAAGAAAGUGUACAUGGUACUGACUCAUCUAGGAAGCGAUCAAACGGUCACAGGCAAAAAUCUAGGGUUUAAAACUGAAUGGUUCUGUUUGGUUUUUUGUAAAUAUGUUACUGUACAUUAGGACUGACCAAACAGUAUGAUUGCUGGCCUAGAAAAGAACUCCAGAAAGUAUGAUUAGUAGGGACUGGGUGAAUUUU